AUGGACCUCUCCGCUCGUUCCUGGAACUCCGUCAAGUCAUCAUUGGGCUGGACGUGCGUCGUUCUGGGGGCAGUGGCGUCAGGCAACAUUAUCCUUAUGUUCGUGUUCCAAGCGAUCCGGGUGGUUGAGGCUGAGGUGGCUCGGGUUAAGAAGCUUAACCAGCAACUCGUACUGGCAACGAUUGCGGCUGAAUCGGCGGACCGGUCCAAGAGCACCUUCCUUGCGACCAUGUCGCACGAGAUUCGCACGCCCUGCAACGGCAUCAUAGGAAUGAACACGCUUCUGAUGGACACCCCCCUGAGCGCAGUACAGCAGGAUUACGUGCAGACCGCACUGGUGUCAGGCGCAACGCUUCUGUCGCUCAUAUCGAACAUUCUGGACAUGUCGAAGAUUGAAGCGGGCCACAUGGAUAUCGAGGACUCGGUCGAGUUCGAAGUACGAUCCGAAGUCAGCGAGCUGCUUCACUCCUUCGCGGAACAGGCGCGGCAACAGGGUCUGGGGCUCAACGCGCUCGUGCAGGACUCGGUCCCAGAGCAACUGGUUGGGGACCCAAACCGGUUCAAACAGGUGCUGAAUAAUCUGCUCUCCAACGCGAUGAAAUUCACGAAGGCCGGGGGGAUUUUGCUGUGCGUGCAAGUGGGGAGCUGCACGGAGUUGCAAGAAGAAGAGUGGAGUCCAGCGGAGAGCGACGCCGGCACUACCAAUAGUCCUUCGGGCAGGCCGCUCGUCCGGUGGGUGAACUUCGAUCAGCUGGAGACGCCAAGCAUGCAGCCAGGGGUGGUCACCUCGGCGACAGACGUGCUGCGAAUGAGGAGGGCGAGUCACCACAACUUCCAGCAGAGUGUGCUUCACAAUCGGACCAAGCUGAGGCUGGUUGUCUCCUGUUCCGACACCGGCAUCGGAAUCGCGCCAAGCGCACAGCUGCGGCUGUUCACACCGUUCCUGCAAGCGGAUGCAACGACGAGCAGAAAGUAUGGCGGGACCGGGAUCGGGCUGUCGAUCUGCCAGAAGCUGAUACGCCUUAUGGGGGGUGAGAUUUCGGUGGCGACACGGGAGGGUGUGGGGAGCACAUUCCAGUUCGAUGUGAUGGUUGGAGUUGGAAAGGCCAGAAACGUGUCCCGAGAGCUCCACGAGCUGCGCGUGGUGGUUGUGGAAAGGGACGCGGUCCACCACGAGGUUCUUGCCAGCUCCCUCCGCUGGCUGGGCUGCCCUGUCGACGACUUCGUCCCCCUCCCUAUGGUCUCAGCCCGCCUGCACAUGGACUGGCCACCGUCUGGCCCACAGAAGAGGGUCUACUUCCUCUCCUUAGACGACCCACUUCAGAGGCUCGCGGUGUUCAAGUUGGUUGGCUGGAUACAGUCGCAGCCGGGGGGCAAGGACUGUGCAAUGGUCGGCAUUCUGAGCUACCAAGACAAACACGUCAAAGCGGAGGCCCUGUCGGCGGGUUUGGACAGCGUGCUACUGCGGCCUGUCAGACGGAGCGUGCUUCUGAGCGCGGUGAAUAGGGCCCUUUCUCUGGCCAUGCCGAAGGAGAACCCCACCGGGCAAGCGAUGGCAGGGGACCUGUUGCGACUUAAAAGGGCGCGGGCGCUGGUCGUGGACGAUGGCUGCAUCAACCGAAAGGUGGUGACCCGACUGCUGGAGAACAUGGGCUUGGACGUCGCCGCAGUGUCAAGCGGCCAGCAAGGCGUUGAGCUGAUGCGUGCGGAAGCGCUUACCAACGGCAAUCGCAUCGCCAUUGUAUUCAUGGACGUCCAGAUGCCGGACAUGGACGGCUACGAAGCAACCAUCCGCAUCAGGCUCGAUGAGCUGAGCCGCUGUCCCCACGAGCGCGCCAACAGAACCCUUCACCACGUUCUCAACGGCGUGUCCGCUGGCCAGCUCUUCGAGGAGACAGCCUGCGGGCUGUGCCGGGUGCCAAUCAUUGCCCUGACGGCAGACGUCAUGAAGGGCUGCCGGGAGCAAUGCAUGGCCGCAGGGAUGGACGACUUUCUGCCAAAGCCCCUCCAAAAGAAGCACCUACAGCUGCUGUUGGUCAAGUACGUUUGCCAGGAUAGAGGCAUAAGUAGGACAAUUGGGCCAAACGAAGACAGAUAGCGUAUCUUCCAUCCAAGGAUGUACGACUUGCAUGGGGGACCUGGUUAAUCAAAGACUAGAGUCGCGAUCAUUAUUUCCUGAUUCUGGAAUCGUUGAGAAGAUGUAUUUACUUGCUGGUAGUCGGUACGAAGUAGCUCUUACCGUUUCUGUUCACCAAUAAUUAGCAAGUGUUACUCACGUUUUAUAUUUAACGUGGCACCUGGUGUCGCACUUUUCAAAAAUUGUAUAUUGUGG